AUGUCUCUCUCGGAAAAGAAGACACAGGCCAUUGAGCCUGUGCGCAGUAUAGACGACGUCAUGGUGGGCGACGUGGAGGAGAAUAGGAAUGGGGAGUUCAAGAGAUCCUUGUCGCCGCGACAGAUCCAUGUCAUCUCGCUUGGCUCUAAUAUCGGAAGUGGUCUGUUCAUCGCGACAGGCAAAGCCCUAGCCAACAGUGGCCCCGGUAAUAUGAUCAUCUGUUACGGGCUUUUAUGUUCCGCCGUCUGGGGCAUACUUCAGUCAUUGGCAGAGAUGACCACUGCGUUUCCUGUUUCGGGUAACUUCAUAGAUUAUGCAGAUCGUUGGGUGGAUCUUGCACUUGCAUUUGGGGCUGGAUUCGCUGAAUGGCUGGGAUGGGCUGCCAUUAUCGGUUCCGAAGCGACGUUCUUUGAUGUUUUGGUCCAAUAUUGGGCGAAAGACUCAUUUCCCCUGGGAGCAUCUUUGACGAUUUUCCUGGUUGUUUGCAUGUCCAUAUUCGUCUUCCCGAAUAAAUGGUUCGGCUGGUUUGGAUAUGUGACUUAUUUGAUCAAGAUCGUCACGUUCCUGAUCAUCAUUCUCCUGUCACUGGCUAUAACGUUAGAUGCGGAUCCUCUGGCUAUGUCCACCACGGGAUUUGCGAACACCUUCCUCCUUGCUCUUUGGGCGGUUAGCGAUCAGGUAUUCAUCGGCAUCAUUAGAGGUGAAGCCAGAAAUCCGCGUUACUCCAUGGCCCACGCAACAAAACUCGUGUUUUUUCGUGCCAGUGUCGUCUACAUGCUAGCCAUCACAUUCAUUACCAUCCUUGUUCCUUCCGACGAUGGCCGAUUGCUUGGCAGCAGCGGCGUCGCGGCCUGCUGGCCAUCACCUCCGAGACCGUCUACGUUGCGUCACGAAUCCUGCGCACAAUGUCGCAUCAGAAACUGA